AUGCAGGACCAUGUGUACGAACUAGAGAAACGCCACUUUGAGAUCGUCGCGCAGUACGAGGAUGAGAUUAAACGCCUUCGCGCCCUGCUCGACGCGCGCGGUAUCGCCGGCGCGCAGGACGCCCCGGGCGCUCUUUCUGCGCCGCCGAGUAUGCCGCCGCGUCCGGCGGGCAGCUCGUCGCGUGGAUCAUCGCCGAACCGCGGCUACCCUCGACACGAUCGCGGUGCGCACCCCGAUGCGCUUGCGCCGCUGCCGCCCCGCGCAUCGCAGGCGCCCGAAGGCGGCCCUUGGCCCCCCUCGAAGCGCGCAAAAACCAAUGGAGCGUACGCGACUCCGCCGAGCGGUGAUCUGCGCUCGCGCUUUAAGCGUGAAGAGCGCGAAGGAAAGCGACCAGCGGGCGCACCCGAGUGGCAGGACGACGAGGAGCCGCAUUCCGCGGCCGACGCCGACGCCCCGCCGAAGUCUACGUCAGCUGCGGCCUCCGAAGAGGCCGCAUCUGGCGCCGAUGCGAGUACUGAGGAGAGCGCCGAAAACGUCCAGCAGCUCAAGAAGGAGGGAAGCGACUGGGUGGCCCUGUACAAUCCCAAGGUGCAGCCUUCCCUGGACGUAAACCUUGUGCAUACGCUGAUCCAUGACAGUGUCGUGUGCUGCGUACGUUUUUCGCCCGAUGGAAAGUACCUCGCGACGGGAUGCAACCGUGCGGCGCAAAUUUACGAUGCCAAGACCGGAGCCAAGACUUGUGUGCUGCAGGAGGGCUCGUCGGACAACCAAGGCGACCUUUAUAUCCGCAGUGUGUGCUUCAGCCCCGAUGGCAAGUACCUUGCCACCGGAGCCGAGGACAAGCAGAUCCGCAUCUGGGACAUUGCGGAGAAGAAGGUCAAGUCCACGCUCACUGGCCAUAAGCAGGAGAUUUAUUCGCUGGAGUACUCUAAAGAUGGCCGGAUCCUUGCCAGCGGUUCGGGAGAUAAGACGGUGCGCAUUUGGGAUAUGGAAAAAGGCGGCGCGCUGCUCUAUGUUCUCUACACCAGCCCUGGCCUGAACUACGGGCCGGGUGUGACGACGAUCACACUCAGCCCCGAUGGCCGCUUGGUGGCCGUGGGCGCUCUCGACACGUUUGUGCGCCUGUGGGACACCAAGACAGGCAAGCUGCGCUGCCGCCUCAAGGGCCACAAGGACAGCAUCUACAGUGUUGCUUUUAUGCCGGACGGCCAGACGCUGGUCAGCGGUAGUCUCGACAAGACGCUCAAACUCUGGGAUCUGUCGAGCAUCAUCAAGGCCCUGGACUCGCUCGACGACGAGAUCUCCAACUCGUCCAUGUGCAUUGCGACGUUCACCGGUCACAAGGACUAUGUCCUGUCGGUAUCGUGCGCGCCCCAGGGCAACUGGAUCGCGUCGGGGUCCAAGGACCGCAGCGUCCAGUUCUGGGACCCCAAGACGGGGCAGUCUCAGCUCGUGCUUCAGGGACACAAGAACUCGGUCAUUGCGAUCAACCUAAGCCAGAGCGGAAAUUUGCUUGCGACCGGCAGUGGCGACUUCAACACUUGA